AUGGAGGUAUUACUCGGUAUCACUGGCAAGGACUUUACCCUCAUUGCUGCUAGCAAAGCCGCCAUGCGAGGAGCGACAGUAUUGAAGGCUGCGGACGACAAGACAAGAUCGCUCAACAAGCAUACUUUGAUGGCAUUUUCUGGAGAAGCUGGAGACACAAUUCAAUUCGCAGAAUAUAUCCAAGCAAAUGCGCAGCUCUACUCCAUGCGCAAUGGAAUUGACCUUUCUCCCUCCGCCGUCGCGAAUUUCGUCCGCGGUGAACUUGCCUCGUCCCUUCGUUCUCGCAAGCCAUAUAACGUCAAUCUUCUUCUGGGCGGCGUUGAUCCUAUUACCCUCAAGCCAUCAUUAUACUGGCUGGACUAUCUAGCGUCGCUCGCUCCUCUGCCGUAUGCGGCUCACGGUUACGCCCAAUACUACUGCCUCUCUAUCCUCGACAAACACCACCACCCAGAUAUUGACUAUGAGCAGGGUCUGAAGAUUCUAAGGAUGUGUACCGAUGAGCUGAAGAGGAGGUUACCUAUCGAUUUCAAGGGCAUGCUGGUCAAGGUUAUCACGAAGGAUGGGAUUAAGGAAGUUGAAUACAAUGACGAUGCGAGGGUGGCAUGUCCAUAA